AUGUCGGCCGUCCCUACCCUUACACUGCCACUUUCAGCCAAGAAGAGACCACGCACGGAAGAUGACAUUCCUACCCUCCCCUCUCCAGCCAAGAAGAGACCAGGCACGGAAGAUAAUGUCAACACCCUCGCCGUUUCAGUCAAGAAACUCAAGAUCAAGGACAGCGUCGCGGCCCCUAGUCCGAGCUUCAGCACAGACGAGGCCGGUGCUCUGACGAUCGCCAAUCCAACCGACGUGAAUACGUCUGAUGAGAUGGCGAAUGAGAACAUGAGCGAUGACGAGGACAGUGACGCAGAUUAUCUACCGUGUGAUCGACGCUCAUGGGGCUCGAAUUCACAAAUGAGCUUCAGUUCGGACUCGAGCGACGACGAGGGUGAAAGCCAAGAGUCGGCGACUGCCCAACGAGAGACACUGCCGAUCUUGCCCUUCGAUAGGGAGUAUAUUUCCCCCGACGAUGGGUACAUAGGAGUGUCAACUAGUGAUGUUUCAGGGUGGCAUGAGCAGCUGCUGGAUGACAAGGAGACGUCCCACCUGUUCUACACUGAAGGUUGCAUCCGAUUGCAGAGAUGGAAGUGCCUCAAGCUGUUAGACGCCACCGCGUCUGUUCCGGGCCUGGAGAAGACGGAUUCGCUGAGCUUGGCCGACGCGAAUGGAAAGCCGAGCGUCUCUCGAAAGGGAGACUUUAGCGACUCGUACAGCGAUCCCGCGAACUAUAUCCUGGACUGGAUGAGGCCCGACGCGGCGGGAUGGGAAGCGGCCGCGAAUGGCUCGCGACUUCAGCCAGAGGCAAUCAAGCUCAUAGUUGACUUCUUCCAUCACCGCCCGCACCUCAACCGUACCAAGUGCGAAGACUACUGCCUCAAGAAAUACCUAGGAGAGGAUAUCGAAUUCGCGACCGGGAAGCGGCCAAUUGACGUGCACGCGUACCCCUCCGAGUUCCAGUUCCCCGACAGCUACAUGGUCGAGAUCAUAGAUCCCACCGUCUCCACCCCGACCCUGAUGACGCUGUUCUACAUCACGCCUAAGACGCUAGACGAGGGCCAACUCGCCCAGGCCAGAGAGGCGUACAGCGACUUCGUCCCGCUGUACACCUACGUUGGGCGCAUGGGUCUGGCACACCAACAUCAAGAGGAGCUGGUUGUGUGGCGGAUCGUAGCCCCCGCUGGGCGCCCCAUCGCGGCUGACAUCCACCGGCUCGGUCUGCGGCUCAAUCAGGACAAGUACCUCGCCAUCAUGAAACAAUUUGUUGACUUUGUAUGCGAGCCGCUACCGCUGACAGGCGAUGGUCGUGGCCACAGCCUCGACAAUGGGGAGGACUGGCCUAUGGUGCCGCACAACCCUCUCCUCGACAUGAAUAACAUCAUUGUCCGGCCCGACUGGUCAGGCAUCGCCGGCAUGCUACUCUGGGGGGCCCCGCCACUCAUGACCCUUCCCUUUGGCGCUUGCCUCUCCGGCCUCCUGCGUCUAGAAGGAGUCCCAGACCUCGAGUCCGUCGGGGGUGGUCAACGAGUUUGCGAACUCAAUCCUUCCAUAUUUGAAACUUACAGCCGUAACGGGCGCGAGUUGGAGCGUUUGUGUCUGUACUACCUGCGUCAGAAGAUUCCGGCCCUCGCCGAAGACCCCCAGUCCUGGCACCGCCUGUUCCAGGCCAUGGGUGAGGGUAUCGCGGCGGCGACCCACACGUCCGAGAUCGACACCAUUUGCUACGCAACGCAGCUCGACGAGCUAAGGUGGGAUUGGUUUCGGCAUGAGAUAAAGGCUGAUAUACCCGACGACGAGAGCGACGUCGCAAGUUCGGAAAGCGGGAGUGGAGAAGAGAGUGGCGACGACGUGGAUAUGGACGUGGACUAA